UUUUAAUAAAAAUAUAAGAAAUCAGUUAAGAAAAGGCUCAUUUAUACUUAAGAAAUACAGAGGGCCUUUAUUAGAAGGUUUUAUUUCUUAAAUUUAUAUUUUUAAAUUACUCGGAAAUGAAAUGGCAGAGUAAUAAACAUGAGGAAAACGAAAAAGAAUUGGAAAUUAAAGGGGAAAAAGAAGAUUCGAAUGAUUAUGAGUUAGAAGAUCUUUCAGAUAAAACUACCCUAACAGAAUUUUUUAAAAAAAUUGAGGAUCUUCGCAAUAUGAUUUCUACUAUUAAGGAAAAUGUACAACAAAUUGAACAGCUACAUCAAAGAUUAUUGAAUGAGAUUACGGAAGAACAGAUAACAUAUUUGCAUCAACAGUUGGAUGAUACGAAGGCACGGACUCGGCAUAUACAGAAUUUGGUUCGAGAUGAUAUUAAAAUUUUAGAAAAAAAAAAUAAACAAUCAGCGCAAACAGCCGAUUUGCAAGUUCGACUAACACAGACGAGUAAUAUUAAAAAAAAGUUCUUAGAAUCGAUUCAAAAUUAUUCAAAAGUUGAGAAUUCAUUUAAUCAACGAUAUCGGCAGAGAUUAUGUCGUCAAAUAGAGACAGUAAAUCCAAAUAUGACGCAAGAAGAGAUCCAUGUUGCACUAAACGAUGAUCAAGGGAUGCAAAUCUUUAGUCAAGCAUUGUUGCGAAGUAAUCGACAUGGCGAAGCACGUAUUGCUUUACAAGAAGUACAAGAACGGCAUCAAGAUAUUAAAAAGAUAGAGCAAACAAUUAUGGAAUUAGCAGAAUUAUUCAAUGAAAUGAAUAUUUUGAUAGAACAGCAAGAUGAACCGCUUCAAGUUAUUUCACAACAAGCAGAGACCGUUUAUACAAAUAUUGAACAAGGUGUUCAACAUCAAGAUAAAGCAAUUGAAAAUAUACGUGCUGCGCGACGUAAACGGUGUUAUUGUUUUGGAUUAGUCGUUUUAAUAUUAAUUGCAAUUACUAUUGUUAUUAUUAUUGUCAAAUGUAUUGGAGGCGUUUGCAAAAUAUAA